AUGGCCAACCCUAGUGGCGGCACCCCAGGAAUGGGCAGCAAUCCCAGCGGUGGUACUCCCGGAAUGGGCAACAAUCCUAGCGGCGGUACCCCUGGAAUGGGUAAUAACCCCAGCGGCGGAACACCGGGUAUGGGUAACAAUCCUAGCGGAGGAUAUUGGUGA